GCGACGUGUUUUUGCGCGAGUCCUGAAUUCCGUGCACUUACAGAUGUGCAGAUGUGCAGAUGUGCAGGAUCACAGCGCGCCUUCACCUGUUGUCCCUACACUGUGAUGACUUUCAGCAUUUAUCAGACUGUGUGAUUAUGUCAUACUGUCUUUAAGAGAAUAAACGCACAUAUCCGUACUGCCUUGGACUUUUGAUGACUUGAGAUUUCACUGCUGCACACACACACACACACGCACACACACACACAUGGAGAAGAGCCAGCCAUGCCCCGCAAACACUCUUAUUUUUUGACCCAGGAGAUUAUUUGCUCCUGAAGCAUCGCUUUGCUGCGGACUGGAGGUUGAUCAGAACACUUGUGUUAGAUUUUUGCACUAUAAUGGAGGUGCCCCAGUGCUCUAAGAAGAGCCUGUCCCUGUCUCUGCCCGUGCCUCGGGAGGGACAGGCGACCCUGAAGCCGCCUCAGCACCUCUGGAGACAGCCGCGCACCCCGAUCCGGAUCAAACACCGGGGAUACUCCGACACCGACCGACACCAUCACCCGCACAUGGAGCGCGCGGACGCCAUGGACACGAGCGACCGGCCCGGGCUAAAGAAGUCCCGCAUGUCCUGGCCGUCCUCCUUCCAGGGGACCACGGGCACAUCUACCGGGAACUGUGCCGGGAACAAACGUUUUGAGGGUGAGAAUGGACCAUCUCCCGGCCGCAGCCCGAUGGAUUUGCAGGCGAGUCCGGGGCUUGUGCUUCAUCCCUCCUUCCCCCAGAGCAGCAGGAGGGAGUCUUUCCUCUAUCGCUCCGACUCCGAUUAUGACAUGUCACCCAAGACCAUGUCCCGCAACUCCUCCGUCAACAGUGAGGGCCAUGCUGAGGACCUCAUCGUCACCCCUUUUGCUCAGGUGUUGGCGAGUCUCCGAACUGUCAGAAGCAACUUCACCAUUCUCGCUAAUGUCACGUCGCCUACUGACAAGAGGUCGCCGGUUACAAGCCAAUCAACAGUUCCACCAGCAACGCUCUCUGAAGAGACAUACCAACAGCUGGCACGGGAGACCCUGGAGGAGCUGGACUGGUGUUUGGACCAGCUCGAGACCAUCCAGACACACCGCUCUGUCAGCGAGAUGGCCUCCAAUAAGUUCAAGAGGAUGCUAAACAGGGAGCUGUCACAUCUGUCUGAGAUGAGCCGUUCAGGGAAUCAGGUAUCCGAGUACAUCUCCACUACCUUCCUAGACAAGCAAAAUGAGGUGGAGAUCCCAUCCCCGACACUGCGGGAGCGUGAGAAGCCCAUGUGCCAUAUCAGUGGUGUGAAGAAGCUGACACAUAGCUCCAGCCUGACCACCAAGGCCCUGCCACGAUUUGGGAUCAAGACCGAGCAUGAGGACGCACUGGCCAGGGAGCUAGAUGACUUGAAUAAGUGGGGCCUUAAUAUUUUCCGAGUGGCUGAAUUUUCCAAUAACAGACCUCUGAGUUGUAUAAUGUUUGCCAUCUUCCAGGAGCGCGAUCUGUUGAAAACGUUUCGUAUCCCUGUGGAUACGUUCAUUACCUAUGUGAUGACACUGGAGGAUCAUUACCAUGCCAAUGUGGCCUAUCACAACAGCCUGCAUGCGGCCGACGUCACACAGUCAACACAUGUACUGUUAUCCACGCCGGCACUGGACGCUGUCUUCACUGAUCUGGAAAUUCUGGCUGCAUUGUUUGCUGCUGCCAUUCAUGACGUGGACCAUCCUGGAGUUUCCAAUCAAUUUCUCAUUAAUACCAACUCAGAACUGGCUCUGAUGUAUAAUGAUGAGUCCGUUCUAGAAAACCAUCACCUAGCUGUGGGCUUCAAGCUUCUCCAUGAAGACAACUGCGACAUCUUCCAGAACCUGAGCAAGCGGCAGCGGCAGAGUCUGCGCAAACUAGUUAUCGACAUGGUUCUGGCAACAGACAUGUCCAAGCAUAUGAGUUUGCUGGCAGAUCUAAAGACCAUGGUAGAGACUAAGAAAGUCACCAGCUCAGGCGUGCUACUGCUCGAUCAUUACACGGACCGCAUACAGGUUCUGAGAAACAUGGUGCACUGUGCUGACCUCAGCAACCCCACUAAGCCUCUGGCAGUGUACCGGCAGUGGACAGAGCGCAUCAUGGAGGAGUUUUUCCGGCAGGGAGAUAAGGAACGGGAGCGUGGGAUGGAGAUCAGCCCCAUGUGCGAUAAACAUACUGCAUCUGUGGAGAAGAGUCAGGUGGGCUUUAUUGAUUACAUUGUGCACCCUCUGUGGGAGACAUGGGGCGAUUUAGUGCACCCUGACGCUCAGGAAAUCCUGGACACCCUUGAGGACAACCGGGACUGGUACCAGAGCACUAUCCCCCAGAGCCCCUCGCCACCUCCAAUCACCGACAAUGAGCUUGACAAGUUUCAAUUUCAGCUUACCUUGGAAGGCGAGCCAGUUCAGGAGACUGGGCCCAACCACAAUCAUAUAGCUAGCAUCGAGCAGGAGGGGCCGAAGGAGAUGAAGGAAGGGGAGAAUCCUGGAGGAGGACAGGAUGAUGGGGACGGAGAAGACAUAGUGGCAGUAGAGAGAGGGGGAAGAAGGCGACUGCAGGUUCAGUCAGUGGUGGAGGAGGAAGAUGAGGAAAGACAUUCAGAUGGGAGUCCGAUAGAGGAGGCAGAAGAUGAAGAGGAGUCAUCUUUCUCCCCUGCUGAUGAUACGUGAGGCUUAGGAGUUGUCAGGAAUAUCGCAGGAGUGCAGUUGGUCCCAUCAGAACUCUCUUUUUCAAUGUACCUUUCCCUUAUUUCAUGGCCAUACCAUGAACAAAACUAUAUUUCAGCAACUCAAUAAAAUGUUUUAUUUUAUUUUUCAAAAAAGGGAAGAAAAUAAUAUCAGAGAAGUAGAGUAAUUCACACAACAACUGUAGAUUUUGGAAUGGGUGCUGGGCCCGUUUCUAGCAGAAGGUGCAAGUUUGCAUGGAGGAAUACAGUUUUAGUGGUGUUUUAAACGGGCCAUUUGGGCCAUGUAGCACUCUAGAAUUUUGGCAGAUCCCCACACAUGUUCAUUUCUACCUAACAUACAGACACAAACAAGAAUACACACAUCCACCAAACAGUUUCACUCUAAUCUAAUCCCAAAAGAUAUGCGCACACACCUGGGGGAACUUUGAAGGGAUUUGGGAUCUCUUUGGAAAAAGCCAUCUUAAAAGGAAUACCAACUAUUUUCCAUCUCAGUAGCUGCACAGAAACAGCUUUUACUGCAUUCUUAACAGAAACUGAAAUGCUCAGAAAUUACCCAAUUAGUGUAAUCAGAGUGACUUUAUUUUCCAUUUUUGUCGGAAAUAAACCCAUAAGGACACAUGUCUGCUGCAGAGAGGCAGAAGUUUUGGCUGUGGAGGCAACAGGAUGGCGAAGUGGAUACAUAAGGACCAAGUUGGCACAAGACUGGACCUGAGACGUGGGUAUGGCCCCUUUUUUUCCCUUUACCAGGAGUGCUACCAGUGCAAGAUGGCCACGUGCCUUUCUGAACCAUCAGCUUCAGAUUUGGAGCUGCCGUGAAGCAAUGCAUCGUGGAAUAGUGGUCUAAUUUUGUCUUCGUUUCUCAAUUGUUGCUUGUUUCAAGCUCUCUCUCUCUCUCUCUCUCUCUCUCUCUCUUGUCUCUCUCACUGUUGUGCAUGAGUCCUUUUUUUAUUGUUUUGGAAACCUCAUUUUAUUACGUAAAGUCUUCCUUGGUUGCUUUCGCUCUUGUUGAACAUUUUGGAGACUGAAUUCAGAAGCUAGCCAUGGGAGCUGCUCAUGGUCUCCUGUACCCUACCACGUUCAAUGCAAACAAGGAUAGUCACUUUUUGCGAAAAAGCCAUGUUAUUCUUCGGAAUUUAUGAUUUUGCCUUCUUUUGAAUUACAUUUCAGGAUGGUCCUGUGAAAACUGCGGGAAAUCACAGACUCCUUUCAAUAGCAGCACAGAUUCACUUUCACUCGCUCAUAUAAUGCAGCCAUGUUCCAUCACAGCAAAUAAUAUUUUCCAUUUUGGCUUACCAAAGGAAUGGGUGGUAACUAAUACCUUGGUGAAGGGAUGUGAUUGAUCAAGAGUCGCAACUUGUACCAGUGGAACUGAGCACAGGGAGUCACACGCAGCCAUUAUUCAGUUUGAUGUUUUUUAUGCCUUAACACUGCAGGGUUUUUGUAUGUGGCACUAUGCUGACUGUCCUGAGGCUCACAAGAGAAUAUUUGUGUUUUGUCUGUACACCUUUACUAAAUGUCAAAUGUUGUGUCUGCACUAAUAUUAAUCGCUCAUGAUCAUUAGACUACGUCUACAGUAUCUUCACAUAAAUGUCAAAGUGAUAGGAUCAUAUUUAUGUUAAUCAGGGUCUUUGAAUCUAGGUUGCAGUUAGCCAAUGUAAAAAACGAUGGAUUUGUCUGGGACUCUGAAUGUAAUAGUUGACUGGGAAUUUAUGAGAAAACGUCUGCUCAAUGGAUUUGGUGACAAGCUGGUUUCUGCUGGUCAGUACCUUAGCUUUAAGCGUGUGUGUCUGUUGCAACAGAACUUUGAGGUUACACCAAUACAAAUACGGUAACAAAAAAGUUUGGUUGAGUAAUUAAAGCAAUGCAUGCGAUCAGAACUUAUGGCUUCGGUACCUUGGUGGAUGGUUUGGAUCUUUAACUGGCAUCCAACUGGUGGAUUAUAAGACUUUGAUUUGAAGUAUGAACUUGGUGUAUGAACUGAUGACAUCCCUACAUACAUUUGCGUAUAUGUUACCCAAGAAAGUGCUUCUGUUUUGUGGGUUUUUUUUUUUUUUUGUUAAUGAGGCAAGCUCAUUAAGCAAACAAAUACUUCUUGCCAUUUUAACACAAUACUGUAGCAAUCAUUUCUUAUGAAGAAAUUAAUUACUUGCUGCCAUUCUUUUUGAAUAUCAAAAGGAAAAGUUUCCUUUGGACAGUUUGUGUACAGUUUUUAUUUUUGUAUCAUGCUGGUUGGUGAUUGUGAUAUUGAAUUACAAGAUUGAUUACAAAACUAUAUAUAAUAUUAGACUUAUCGCUGCUUAUUUUGUAUAUAUUGUAAUGUCGAUCUGUACAUUUAAAACCACUACAGAAUUUCUCAUUGCCGGCUUACUAUGUUUAGUUGUAAUCAAAUGUACAUGAAUGGUUAACCUGUGCAGAAACAAACAACAACAACAACAAAAAAAAACCUAGCUGCUCUUUCCCUUACCCUUUUUUUUUUUUUUUUAAAGAUGGAUGAAUCUCACAAUCUGUUUUAUAUUUUGGUUUUGUCUAGGGGCAGCCUAAUCAUUUUAUGAACCUGCACUUUAUUUUUGGGUUUUGCGGUGGUUGGUUAAAUAGUGUGUAGAUUUAUUGCUUUUAAUGGAUACAAUAACACUUGCACAAGGGAAGCACUUCUCAUGGCUUGGUCCCAAACUUUUCGAACGUGCCGGCACUCUCUCUCAUGUAAUCUGAAAAAAAUAACAAUAAUAAUUUUUUUUAAAUCUACUCUAGUAAUAAUCCACAUUGUAGAGGCCGGUAGUCA